CGUAUUGUCAGUCAGCCGGACCAAUCAACGCCGUCCACGAUUCCCGACUUCUCCCCGUCACCCAACCCCAUUCUUAUUCCACAGCCGCGGCCGUUCGUCCGUUCAGUCGAACCUAGGACUUGAUUCGAGUACAAAGCGGACGAAAAAACGCGAAUUAAACAUAGUGUCUUAUUCUUAAUUUUGAUCUAGUUGAAAACAAAAAAAGAGAGAAGGGUAUAUUUUUUUAUAUUUUCGAGUCAGUUGUAUCAAAAAUCAAACCGGAAUAAUUCAGAGAUUUUCACAAUAAUGAUUUUACAUUUUCUCGUUUUGCUUUUCGCUUCGGCCUUAGCAGCCGACGAGAAGAAUAAGGACGUCGGAACCGUCGUGGGCAUUGACCUCGGCACGACUUACUCUUGUGUGGGAGUGUACAAGAAUGGAAGAGUUGAAAUCAUCGCCAACGAUCAAGGAAACAGGAUUACACCUUCAUACGUCGCUUUCACCAGUGAAGGCGAGCGUCUUAUCGGAGAUGCCGCCAAGAAUCAGUUGACGACCAACCCUGAAAACACCGUCUUCGACGCUAAGCGUCUUAUCGGACGAGAAUGGACGGACAGCACUGUUCAAGACGAUAUCAAGUUCUUCCCAUUCAAAGUCUUGGAGAAAAAUAGCAAGCCUCACAUUCAAGUCUCCACGUCCCAGGGCAACAAAAUGUUCGCACCCGAAGAAAUCUCCGCUAUGGUAUUGGGUAAAAUGAAAGAGACGGCAGAGGCAUAUUUGGGAAAGAAGGUCACCCACGCCGUAGUCACAGUACCCGCAUACUUCAACGAUGCCCAGAGGCAGGCAACAAAAGAUGCUGGAACGAUUUCAGGACUCAACGUCAUGAGGAUCAUCAACGAACCGACCGCAGCAGCUAUUGCUUACGGACUGGACAAGAAAGAAGGAGAAAAGAACGUACUCGUUUUUGAUCUCGGCGGUGGUACUUUUGAUGUAUCUCUUCUCACCAUCGACAACGGAGUUUUCGAAGUCGUUUCUACAAACGGUGAUACUCACUUAGGAGGAGAGGACUUUGAUCAAAGGGUUAUGGACCACUUUAUUAAACUGUACAAGAAGAAGAAGGGCAAGGAUAUCAGGAAAGACAACAGGGCUGUUCAGAAACUCAGGAGGGAAGUCGAAAAAGCAAAGAGGGCUCUGUCUUCUAGCCACCAGGUCAGGAUAGAAAUUGAAAGCUUCUAUGACGGUGAAGACUUCUCUGAGACUCUCACUAGGGCAAAAUUCGAAGAGCUCAACAUGGACCUCUUCCGUUCCACCAUGAAACCCGUUCAGAAGGUCCUCGAAGAUGCUGACAUGAACAAGAAAGACGUCGAUGAAAUUGUUUUAGUAGGAGGCAGCACCAGGAUUCCAAAAGUUCAGGCCCUCGUCAAAGAGUUUUUCAACGGAAAAGAACCAUCCCGAGGUAUCAACCCCGAUGAAGCUGUCGCUUAUGGAGCAGCAGUUCAAGCUGGAGUUUUAUCUGGUGAACAAGACACCGAUUCAAUCGUCCUCCUUGAUGUCAACCCUCUGACCCUCGGAAUCGAAACAGUCGGUGGUGUCAUGACCAAACUCAUCCCAAGGAACACAGUCAUCCCGACGAAAAAAUCUCAGAUCUUCUCGACAGCUUCAGACAACCAACACACUGUCACCAUUCAGGUUUAUGAGGGAGAAAGGCCAAUGACCAAAGAUAAUCAUUUGCUCGGAAAAUUCGAUUUGACAGGAAUACCGCCUGCACCAAGGGGAGUGCCACAGAUUGAAGUCACUUUUGAGAUCGAUGCCAACGGUAUCCUUCAGGUGUCCGCCGAGGACAAGGGAACGGGCAACAGAGAGAAAAUAGUCAUCACAAACGACCAGAACAGGUUGACUCCAGACGACAUCGAUAGGAUGAUCAAGGACGCCGAGAAGUUCGCUGAUGACGACAAGAAGCUCAAGGAGCGCGUCGAGGCCAGGAACGAACUGGAGUCGUACGCCUAUUCUCUCAAGAACCAGCUCGCCGACAAGGACAAGUUCGGAUCGAAGGUGACGGAUUCUGACAAGGCCAAGAUGGAAAAAGCCAUCGAAGAGAAAAUCAAGUGGCUUGACGAGAACCAAGACGCCGACAGUGAAGCCUUCAAGAAGCAAAAGAAAGAACUCGAAGAUGUCGUACAGCCCAUCAUCUCAAAAUUAUACCAAGGAGGUGCUCCGCCGCCACCUGGAGCCGGUCCUCAAUCGGAGGACGAUCUUAAAGAUGAGUUAUAAGACUGCAAAACCUUUGUGUAAAUCUGUGGAACAUUUCUUUGACUGGUGAUACUUAAUUUUUAAGUCAGUAUUUAUAUAUUUAAAAACAAAAAACCUAUACAUCUGAGAAGGAAAUUUGUUCCUUUUUUUCAAUUUAAAAUUUGAGUUUUUUCUUGUUUCAUAAAAUGUUCAUUCCGCAGUUUAUAAAGUUAAUUUAAAAAACAAAAACAAAAAUAAAAGACUUUGUUAACUAAGAAAUUUAUAAUUUAUUUGUUACUUUUUUAUUUAAUAAUUUUUUUAGUGAAUUGGGAAUUGAUGAAUUACAUUCAGCAUUGAAAAUUUAUUGGUACCGUGUAUUAUAAUUAAUGUUGUCUGUAAUUUAUAUAAUUUCGUUUCAUUAGGUUUUUGUUUGUCAGUUGGGCUCAAUCCCAAAAUUUGAGAACAUUCUGAAGGUGUGAUAAUAAAAGUUUCUUUAUUU